GAUCAGCGUCUCAAAGAACUGGAGCUAGAGCGGGAGCGUGAAGAAAAGAUCCGCAUUAGUGAGAAGAGUGAUGAACUGAAAAAGGACCUCGGCCAGCGUAUUAAGCAGGUGGUAGAACAACAGGUAAUUAAUGCCGAGCUUAUGGAAAUGGUGGAAGAACUGCGCACCACCAAUGAGUCUCCCCUGGUGCGUAAGAAGGCCGCUCAAAUGAAAGCCCACCUCAUCAAGAGCAUACAGGGGCAGAUCUUUGAGAACAUUUACACUAAAAUGCUGGAACUGUAUCCCCAAUUACUGAAAUAUCUCUCUGAAGAACUGGGGCCGGAUAAAGAAGCAGAGCUAGUGUCUGCCGCCAUGUACUUCCUGGGCUAUGAGUCUGCUGUAAUUGCCAAAGUGCUUAACCGCUCGGAAAAAGCCAUUCGCAAUAUGCGCCACCGG